AAGUUCAACAUAAACAGAUAAAAAAAAAAAAAAAAAAAAAGAAAGUAGAUCAAGUUCAACAUAAACAGAUAAAAGAGGGCAGUGAGCAUUCCACACACGAACAACCACUAAAAAAACAGAUCUGGACACCCUACUAUCUACUCUCGCAUAAAUGACCCCCGUUCUCCAGGAUGCCGAGGCUGUAACUUUAAAGUAAGCGACGGCCAGUCCCGAAAUUCUUCAUGAUUGGCUUGUUGGCCCCCAGAUCUGAUAAGACUCAAACAAAACACAAGAAACAGAAAGAAAGUAGAGCAAAGGCCACCAACAGGGCCACCAAAGAACCGUCAGACCAUCGAAAAUGGUCACCGGACAUAGGAACACGGUUGACCGGCUCCACCAUGCUUGAGAAGCCCUCCGGCUGCUCAAGCAUCAAAAACUCGAGAAGCCCGGAGGUUUACGAGCACUCAAAUAGGGCGAGAUCUGGAGAGGUUUAAGGCAGAGGCUGGAGAUUUCUAGAGAAGAUGGAUAAAAGGGAGAGAGAGAGCAAAGCAUUUCCACCGCAAUCUUAAAUGGCCUGCAACUGCGUUAACGUUUUUGAUAGUAAAUUAUUUAUUAGGAA